AUGAAAGAAAAGUUCGGGUCAGUCAAGAGGGAGAUAAUGGAGGCAAUCAGCGGCCACGGGGACAAGCUGGAUGUGCUGGAGGCGCUUCAGUCAGAGAUGCGAAAGCAGCUGGAUGACAUGCGAAAGGAGUUCUACAUGCAAGAGAAGGCCAUCCCGAUCAAGGACUACACGGGCAUGGAGGUACGGGACAGGCAGUCCGGCCCCAGGCGGCAGGACGCGAAGGCGCUGCUGGACAAGGCCGCGGAGGCGGCGGGGUCGCCGGGCCGCGGGGCGGGCGACGGCCUGGAGGGCGAGGGGGCGCCUCGACGCGUGGCGGAGGGCGUGGCGGGCGGGUGCCGGGAGGCGGACAUGUGGCUGUGUGCUCUUUGCGGGACUGCCGAGAGCUUCGAGCACAGCCACUGCAUGCUGUGCGGGACACCUCGUGCCGAGCAUGAAGUAGCGGUUGAACAGAGCAAGGCUCGCACCCCGCUGGCCGCCCCCGCGGGCUCGCGGGCGCAGGGCCUCGCCGAUGUGGCGGUUCUCAGCAAAGUUCCCGAGCCGGCCGGCGGCGCCUGCGGCGAUGCGGCACAGGAGCACCUGCGCCGCGGGUCCGCGGCGCGCGGCCCUUCUCCGUGCCCACGCGGGGCGUCCAGGAGCCGGAGUUACGGCGGCUGCCGCGGCGGCGGGUUCGCGCGCGAGACGGGCAUGGUGAAAUCGUGGAUCUUCGAGAAGCAGUUCGGCUUCGUGUCCAGCUCGUCGAAGAACCGCCCCGACUUGUUCCUCCACGUGGACAACAUCAAGAGCUUGGACCAGCGCGAGCGCGCCAAGGCCCAGGGGCUGCGCUGUGGCGACAGGGUGGCGUUCCACAUCCGGGAGGCCGCGGCCGGCAACCGGAGCGACAACGCCGUCGACGCCGAGGUUCUCGGCGCCGCCAGGCCGUCGUCCUCGCGCAGCCCGAGCAGCCGCCAGGAGGACUCUUGGUGGCGCCGCCGAAGAGGCCACAAACACUACGAGGAGGCCCAGGAGAUUAAGGAAUGGCAGUGCUGGCGGACGUCACGGUGGAUUCGGGCACCAGCUCAGAAUUACGAGGUCUUGACGUUGCCCGUCGGCAAGGUGAGGUUCACGCAGGAGUCCGUGAAGCACCAAUUCAGCGACGGCCAGAGCUUCGAGGACCUCCUCGCGGGGCUCGAGAGCGGCAGGAUCGACCCGCUGAAGGACUGGUUCCUGGAGCUGCGUGGCUUCCAGCAGGACUCCCGUGGGCCGCAUCAUCCUGCCGUGUACUAUUGCUUGAACAACAGGCGCUUGCACUGCCUCCAGGAGUUCCAGGCCCGGCACCCCGAGCGAAAGGUGUUGAUGAAGCUGUGGGUGCAGGACUUCGAGCCAGAGGCGAAGUUGGCGAUCCAGGCUCUCACCACCGUCAACGGCGGCACGACGGUGAGAGUACGUGGGCCAGCAUCGUCAUAG